AUGUAUUUCGGAACACAGCAGCGGCCACAGCCGUCGGCGUUAGGGACUCGCGGCUUCGCGGCGGAGGUGGCUGGCCGGGAUCGCGUGCGGUACUUCCGGCGGCCCGUCGAGGCGCACCCCCCGCUGGGCGGGUACGUUGAUGUCGGCUCCGUCCGCUUCGCCGCCAGCGCCCCCUCGACGCCGCUGCCGCUCGGGCCCAUCGCCCCGGGCACUUUCCCCCACGCCGCCCGCCCACACCACCUCCCGGCCAUUAAGAAGCGAACCGCAAAGAGAGAAGGGGAGUUCGGGCGCCGCACACGGAGCGCGACACCAUCGGAGAGUGCAACGCUCACAGGCACAGGUGCAGGAACAGGCACGCGGGACGCAGGGAUGCAGACCGUCUACAGAGAGAAUGAGGCACAGACAGUGCCAUAUACACCUGCCUACCGCAUCCCGGAAGGUGGAGACCCUAAUCCACAAAUUCUCGGUCUCAGUGAACUCAAAUGGAAUGAUGGAUUACCGGCCGGCAUGGAGGAAGUGGAACUAAUUCAGCGGAUUCGGCGUCGUCGUGCAGUAGAAGCAUCCCUCCCACCAGAAACAGAUGCAAAGUCUGCAGAGAUACGUCACUUGGCACUUUUUGAACUGGAGGAGCAGGAACGAAAGGAGAAGGAAGAGCAUAUGGAAAAGAUACGUCAGCGUCGUCUUGAUGCAAUCCGUGAGACACUGGAAAAACGUGAAGCGGCACGUGAAGAAUCUAACCGUCGAAGACUUGAGGCUGUAAAGGCACAAAAACUUGCAGAUCUUCGCCGUGUAAUUGAGAGGACAGAACUGCGGCGUAUAGCAGCGGGACAGAAAUCCAUAGAGAAGGGAGCAUCUAAGACAUCACCUUCUCCAGCUUUGGGAAUGUAUGCGGUGGAUCCUAUAGAAUCCUGCAAGAAUAAAAAAGAUCUUAUUGAAAGUUACUCCAAAUAUGGAGUCGCUGCCGCUUUACCACAGAUUCCAAGUAGUACUACUACUACCCCACCUCCACCAGUAGGACCAUCUGAUCAUUUCCGUCAUUACGAUGUCCGCCCAACAAUGCUUACUAUACCAGAAGGCAUUCAAGAAUUGGAAACUACUAAAAUACCACGAAUUCAAAAAUUACCACCAAACGCUUUUGUUGCCCCUGAAAAUUAUGCUAUUAAUUCUUUACCAACGCUUUACCAACGUCGUGAAGCAACCCGUGUAGUGGAUGCACUAGAGUAUGUUAAUGCCAAUAUUCAUAAGAGUGAAUCCCCUGAAGAGAAUAUUCAUGUAUUGGAGUUAUACCGUGCUACUCCUCGCUUACAGAGACCUGAUACACCUGAACUUGAACUUGAAGGUGACGCCGAAGAAGAAUUGGAGGAGGCCUGUGUUCUACUUCAACGUUUACUACGUGGUCGUGCUGUUCAAAAUGACUUCUUUGAUGGAAAGGAACGUUGUCGUGGACUUAUUGAAGAAUUACAAGCAGCAUCCAAUGCCAAAUAUGCGGAACGCAGCCCAGAAGAAAAGAAAGUGGAAGAAGAUGCUAAACGACGUGAAGAGAUUGCAGAUAGCCUGGGUGAUGAGGCACAAGGUGAUAUUAUCUCUGAAACCCUUGAUUACCUCUUUCAUGAACUCACACGACAACAAGAUCUCAGUGCACUGGAAGAACUUCGCCGUGAGGCAGAAGCCGUCCGUGCUGAUCGUGAGGUUAAAGAAGCUGAACUCCGUACACAAGAACGUAUUCUUCACGAUAAGGAAGCUGUUCAAUACACUGCUUACAUUCGUGCUAUUGAUGACGUUAUAGAGUGUUACACACAUGAGCUCUACACUGGCUCAGCUGAAGAGUGUGCAAUGGAGGAAGCAAUAGACACAGAAUGUAAACGUUUAGAGAAAUUAACAUCUUCAACUCCUAGCUUAGUAGACCCUGAAAGUACGGAAACUUUGGUAUGUGACAUGCUUGACAACUUUGUGUUACCUACAGUUGUAGAUAUGGUAUGCUUAAAAUCAGAUGAGUUGGAUCGAAAGGCACCCGCUGCAGCAGCAGCUGAGAGUUCCCAAAGUAUUAUCCCUCCGAAAUAA